AUGGCCGCGCCGCCGCCGCCGCUGCUGCCCCUGAGGCGCGGGCCCGCGGGGCGCGGGCGCCGCCUGCCGGCCGGGAGGAACGGCUGCACACCAGGGAGAAUCCGCUCCGAGCGAGGGCGGCGCCCGCCCCCAGCGCCCGGCCCGCCCCAGCCGCCCGGCCCUUCCCCGGCCUCAGCCCCCUUUCCCCGUUCCCUCCGCAGCGCCAUGCGGGUCUCGCUUCGCCCUGCGCUGCUCCUGCUGCUGGUGGGGGUCCUGCGCCAUGGCGGAGCCUCAGGUCUUCUUGAGCUCUCCUUGGGAAAAUUCAGAAAUGUGCUACUUAACCAGACCAGUCCAGUGGAGGCUGUAAUCAGGAACAUUGCCAGCAAUGUGACUGUGGUUAUUUUUCAAGUGCAUGCCCAGCAGAGUGAUGUGGUGAUAUCCUUUGAUAAGACUCCGUCGGAGAACAGCUCAGGAGUUGGGGUAGACAAAGGGCUGGUGUCCAUCCUUCGCCCUGAGCAGACCGUGUGUACGUGGUACCUGCGUGCCCUGCGUGCUGGCCAGGUGCUCAGCACUGCCAUCUCCAUUCCCUACAUGGAGAAAGAUCCUAUUCCUGGGGGCUGCAAUCUAGAAUUUGACUUGGAAGUGGAUCCAAAUAUUUACCUGGACUACACGUUGGUUGAUAUACACAUCAAGUUUGCCCCUGCAAACUUGGGAUAUACCAGAGGAGCAAACCCCCCCUCCUGUGACUCAGGGACUGGCCAGAGCUCACGGUGGCGGCUGCGCUAUGAUGUGUACCAGUACUUCCUGCCCGAGAAUGACCUGUCCGAGAUGGUGCUCAUGAGCCACAUAAGGAAAAUGUCCGGGGUGCAGAGCAUCAAAGCCAACGGCAUUAAGAUGCUUACGCUGACAGCUGAUGACAAGACCAAUGUCUACUUCUCCUCACUUCCUGGGCAAGGUGUGAUCUACAAUGUCAUAGUGCAGGAUCCUCUUUGGAACACUUCUGCUGCAUACAUACCUGUGCAUACAUAUGCCUGCAGCUUUGCUGACCUGGUGGAUAACUGCUCUUCUCUCAGUAAACUGUCUACCAAAGUAUUCUUCACUGCUUUUGCUGUUCUUGGUCUUUUCACCUGCUUUUUUGGACACAGGUUCUGGAAAACAGACUUAUUCUUCAUGGGCUUCAUUGUUGCAGCAUUCAUCUUCUUUGUAUUCAUUACAAGGGUAACUGGCCUUAGUUAUGAUGUGCGUCUUAUUUUGACAGCAGUGGCUGGAAUUAUUGGAGGCCUGCUCUUGGUUGUGAGCUGGUGGAGAUUUGGCUCUGUCCUGCUCAGCAUGUUUGUUAUUGGACUUGUGUUGGGAUUUCUCUUCUCCUCAACACUCUUCUUUACUCCCCUAGGAGACUACAGGGUCUUCCGUGAUGAUGUGGUGUUCUGGGUGACCUUUACUUGUGUAGCCUUGAUGAUUCCGGUGCUUUUUGUUGGCUGCCCAAGAAUUCUGAACAUCCUGGCUUCUGGAAUAGUGGGCUCUUACACGGUGAUCCUGGCCAUUGCUUGUUACGUCUACACAAGCCUUUCUUACAUCACCUUAGACCUGCUCAGAAGGGUCCUCAACAAUUACUUCAGCAGAGCUUACACUAAUGUGCCUUUUCAAAAGAAUGACUUCAUCAUCCUGUCAGUGUGGGCAAUGCUGGCCCUCAGCGGGGUCACUGUGCAGCUGCGCCGGGAGAGGAGUGAGGUGCCCUUCCCACCACAUCCCUAUCUCACCUGGAAGAGGGAAAGGGAGCGUAGAAGCACCAAUGUCUUAGACCCCAGCCAUCAUAUCCCUCCCCUGAGAGAGAGGAUCCACAACAAGCUGCUGCAUAUCAAAGAGUUCUUCCAGAAAGACCAGCCAGCCGGGGAGAGAACUCCACUGCUUCUGUAA